CAGAGACAAAACAUUUGUUUGAAUCCCUCCAUAAUCCAAUCACACCAAAAUAACAAAACUAAAAUUAGUUACUUUCUUUUAGUGACAUUAAAUUCCUUUGCAGGCAAAAUGGCCAAGACAAAAGGAGAAAAGAAGGGCAAGUCCGCUAUCAACGAAGUUGUAACUCGUGAGUACACUAUUCACUUGCAUAAAAGAUUGUUCGGUAUCGGUUACAAGAAGCGAGCACCCCGUGCGAUCAAGGAAGUACGAAAGUUCGCUGAAAAGCAAAUGGGUACACCAGAUGUGAGGAUCGAUACACGACUUAAUAAGCAGUUGUGGUCGAGAGGCAUCAGGAAUGUACCUUUCCGUGUUCGAGUUCGUUUAUCCCGGAGAAGAAAUGAUGAUGAAGAUUCCGCACACAAGCUAUUUACUCUUGUUACAUACGUUCCAGUAGCAAGUUUCAAAGGUUUGCAAACAGAAAAUGUUGACUCCAAUCAGGAAUAAACUAUUUUUAAAUAAAUAAACACAUGUAAUACUAA